AUGGUGCUUUUUACUGCCGAGGAGAAAGCUGCUGUCACCAGCCUGUGGGGCAAAGUGAAUGUGGAAGAGGCUGGAGGCGAGGUUCUGGGCAGGCUCCUGGUAGUCUACCCCUGGACCCAGAGGUUCUUUGACAGCUUUGGCAACCUGUCCUCUCCCUCUGCCAUAAUGGGAAAUCCCAAGGUCAAGGCCCAUGGCAAGAAGGUGCUGACCUCCUUCGGAGAUGCUAUUAAGAACAUGGACAACCUCAAGGGCGCCUUUGCUAAGCUGAGUGAGCUGCACUGUGACAAGCUGCACGUGGACCCUGAGAACUUUAGGCUCCUGGGCAACGUGAUGGUGAUCGUCCUGGCUUCUCACUUUGGUAGAGAUUUCACCCCUGAUGUGCAGGCUGCUUGGCAGAAGCUGGUGGCUGGUGUCGCCAAUGCUCUGGCCCACAAGUACCAUUGA